AUGGGGUACUGUUACCUAUUCGAUGAGACUGGGACCACAAGGACUUGGAAUGAUGCCGCCCUUUUCUGUGACAAAAUGAACGGAGCCACCCUUCCCCUCGUAGAGUCCACAGAAGACCAAGCAUUCUUUGCUGGCUUUGUGCCAGCCAUGAUUCCUUCUAUGCCACAAACCAACAUCCGCCCGCCACCAGAUGGAAUUUGGACUGCCGUACGAGGGGUGAACAAUAUGACACGCCCCUCAUGGGUUUCGUACCCCGGAUCGUUUUUGAUAACGGAGACGUUUUGGGCGGCACAGGAGCCCAAUAUUUAUGUCAAUUAUAAUGACGUCUGCGUGGGCCUCGAGUCCAUCUCCUUCUACCGUGACUGGACAACCGCUCUCUGCAACGUGCCCAAGUACACCGUUUGCAAAAUCCCGCCCACCCUAAUCCAGGCAAAAUACGUUGCCCAAUGCUCAUGUCCCACCGGCUACAGUGGUCAGAAUUGUGAGACUCCAACGAAUUCAAAUCAACAAGACUCGUCGUCGACCCAACGAACCUGCGGGAGCGGUGAUUUCCAAUUCUCGUGUCCAACGAACGAUCAGACGAUUGUUGUGGAUUACGCGUCGUUUGGUGCACAGGAAAACUCAAUGUGCAAUCAGGCGAGUCAAGGGAGGGAGCAAACGUGCUCCAAUGUCAAUUCUCUUCAAACCGUCAUAAAUGCAUGCCAAGGACUUCAAUCUUGUGAGAUCAAAAAUCUCACCAGCACAUUCGCCAACACUCCCUGUCCGGUACCCCAGGAGCAAUACCUGGAAACCAGGUUACGGUGUCAGACAGCCCAACAGCCUUCCUGUUCAUCUGGUCUAAUCCAAUAUGAUGGACGAUGCUACAGUAUGACAAUUGAGACAAAUGAGAAGAAGCAGAUGACGAUGGAGGAUGCGGAGAGAUAUUGCUCGCAGAGUGGCGGUUCACUGGUAUCAUCCCUUCCGGAUAAUCUUUUACAACAAAUUGUAAGAGAAGUGAAUGAUGAGACGAAGAAGACUGUGUCAUUUUGGGUGGAUGGAGAGCAGGGCUGUCAACUCCUUAUCAUCACCGGUGGCAACACCUCCCCCUCCUACUCCCAAUGCCCCACAUCUCCAUCAGCAACAGCCAACGUCAUCUGCUCCACCGUCCCUCAAUCCACUCUCCCUUCCCGUCAAUCUCAAACGGCGCCCGUCGACCGUGAAGCUCAAACAAUGGCUCGUCGAGAGGUCUACACAGGUGUUCCGCCACCUACCGUACCUGACUCAAUUAAUAAAGCCAAAUACUGCAAAAAGGAAAAAACAGAUGGAAUCACGUACGACCAAACGCGUGCGUGUAUGCAACACGAGCAACCGUGCCCCGAUCCGGAAAAUGUUGAAGGUACAGUAACCCGUUACUGUAACUGUCAAACUGCAAAAUGGGAAGUGCCGGACACGACGAAUUGUACUCAUCGAUGGGUGGCUGAGAUGCAAACGGCAAUUCAGGAUAAUCAACCGGUUGAAGAUAUUAGUUCGACGGUUAAUAGGCAGUUGAAAUCUACAAUCCAACGAAAACUCUUCGGUGGCGACAUCACCGGUACCGUCCGUCUGAGCAACGACAUGCUCAGUCUCGCUCGAAACCAAUUCGAUAUAAUGAACGACCGUAAUCUCCGAGAGAAUAAAGCGAGAAAUUUCACCGAGAAUCUUGGCGGCUCAGGGGAUCAGUUAUUGUCCCCGGUGGCUGGUAGAGUAUGGGAUCAACUGUCUUCUUCGAUUAGAAUACAACAUGCAUCAAGGUUGAUGAGUGUUCUGGAACAAUCUGUGCUCUUAUUAGGGGAUUAUAUGACAGAUCAGAAGCUGAAUUUGGCAUAUGUUAAUUGGGCUAUGGAAGUGGAACGCUCUGAACCAGAAUCCCAAGCAUUUGGAGCAGCUGCCGUUGCUCCUAACGUUCAAGACGAUAUGGGAAUGACGAGAGUAAUGGCCGCCGCUCCACCAUCUUCUCCACCCGCCGACACCAACACCACCAUCAACUUCCCAUCCCUCAAGCUCUCUCCAACCAUCACCCUUCCAUCAGCUUCGCUUCUCAGCUCCUUCACCUCCCCUUCUACAGUAACCGGAGGUGGUCCAAGUAUUCUUUCCUCUUUUCAAGACGACACUCCAGUCGGCGCCUUUGCUCCAAAUCUUAACAGGAAUCCUAUUAAACUCGGAUAUUAUGCGUUCGCCGGGUUUGGACAACUACUGAAUAGUAACGGGGAGCAUACUGUAAUUAAUAGUCAAGUGAUUGGAGCCUCAAUUGAGAAUGCGACUAGAAGUGUGACCCUUCCCACAGAUCACCCCGUCACUUUCACAUUCCAACAUCUCACAACAAAAGAGGUAUCGAAUCCAAGAUGUGUCUAUUGGGAUCUUCAGGAUAGCAAAUGGUCUACACAGGGAUGCACACUGGUGUCCACCUCAUUUAACUCAUCACAAUGUUCAUGUACUCAUUUGACGAGUUUCGCCAUCCUCAUGGAUGUCUCUGGCCAAGUUGGCCAAUUCUCCGGUGGACUUGCAUCUGCACUCGACGUGAUCUCCACUAUCGGAUGUGCCAUUUCAAUUGUCUGUUUGGCUUUGAGUGUCGCCGUUUUCACAUUCUUCCGCAAUCUUCAAAACGUCAGAAACUCGAUUCAUCGCAAUCUUUGUCUAUGCUUAUUGAUAGCAGAGCUGGUUUUUGUGAUAGGAAUGGACCGAACCGGGAAUCGUACGGGUUGCGGUGUCGUCGCCAUUCUUAUCCACUACUUUUUCCUCGCCUCGUUCUGUUGGAUGCUUCUGGAAGGUUAUCAGCUAUACAUGAUGCUUAUUCAAGUUUUUGAACCAAAUCGAACAAGAAUUUUCCUUUAUUAUUUGUUCUGUUAUGGUUGUCCUGCAGUGGUUGUUGCGAUUUCAGCAGGAAUCAGAUGGGAGGAUUAUGGAACUGAUACUUACUGCUGGAUCGACACCUCCACCCCGACUAUCUGGGCAUUCGUCGCCCCCAUCAUAGUCAUUAUCGCCGCCAACAUAAUAUUCCUCCUAAUCGCCCUAAAAGUCGUCUUAUCCGUCCAAAGUCGUGACCGUACUAAAUGGAACCGAAUCAUCGGAUGGUUGAAGGGCUCUGCCACGUUGCUAUGUCUUCUGGGAAUCACGUGGAUCUUUGGAUUCUUGACUGCAGUGAAAGGAGGGACGGGCACGGCGUUUGCAUGGAUAUUCACACUGCUGAACUGUACCCAGGGAAUAUUUAUUUUUGUGCUUCACGUGGUGCUUAACGAGAAGGUACGUGCUACUAUAGUAAGAUGGUUGCGCACUGGAAUCUGCUGCCUGCCGGAUACAAGCAGUGCCGCAUACAACAGCAGAAGCUUCUUGAGUAGUCGUCAGCGGAUUCUCAACAUGAUCAAGGUGAAUGGUCAUAGUUAUCCAAGUACAGCGAGCACUGAUGAUAAGGAGAAGCAGAUGACACCGAUAACGAAGACGACUGACUGGUUGAGCAGGUUGCCGAAUCAGGACUCGGUUUCGGUGCCAGACAGUAAUUUGAAUUUGAACUCGAAUCUCAAUUCUAAUCUCAAUUCUGCGGAGAUCCACGAGGUCCCUGAAAUCCAAGAAAUCCGCCGACGCGUCACCGUAGACCUCAACCCAAUGGUUGUCAAUAACAACUCCAAUAACGAAAUCGAACGGAUAAGCCACGCCUCCUCAGAUCCACGUGGCAGUGGUAUCAUCGAGGUGACGAAUGUGGAGAAGAAGGCGCCGGUGAAGCGGAUAAAGUUUCCUCUUGGCGCCAAGCAGAGUGAGCGGGGAUCCCAGCACCGGACGAAAGUGAUCACACCGGAAUCCCCGGAUUCAGCCAGUGGCACGAAAGAUUACAGAUUCUGA